AUGGUCGAGAAGGUCUACGUUACCUACAACAAGGUCCACAAGCUGUGCCAGCAGUCGGCCGACCAGAUCCUCAAUGAAUUCAAGCCCAACCUCAUGAUCGCCAUCGGUGGCGGCGGCUACGUGCCUGCCCGCAUCCUGCGCUCCUUCCUCAAGAAGCCCGGCAACCCCAACAUCCCCAUCCAGGCCAUCGGUCUGUCGCUCUACGAGUCGCUCGGCACCGAUGGCGACGUCGAGGCCCCCGGCACCAAGGUGACGCGCACCCAAUGGCUGGACCUGUCGAGCCUGGAGAUGGCCAACCUGAUCGGCAAGAACGUGCUGAUCGUCGACGAGGUCGACGACACGCGCACCACGCUUGAGUACGCCGUCAAGGAGCUGGAGAAGGACGUCGAGGAGGCCACCAAGAAACUCGGCCGUAGCGGCGAGAAGACGACGUUCAGCAUCUUCGUCCUGCACAACAAAGACAAGGCCAAGAAGGGCACGCUCCCCGCGGACCUGAUGGACAGCGGCAAGUACAUCGCCGCUGAGACCGUUGGCGACAUCUGGAUAUGCUAUCCUUGGGAGGCCAUGGACAUCGACGAGCAUGACCGUCUGGCCGCUGAGGCGGACAAGAAGGCUUAA